GGUAUGCUUUGUUCCCCGUGUUUUACUGAACGCGCUGCGUGCGCCGUGAAAUUCCGAAAGCAGAUCGAUGACUGUUAGAAGAUGGCAACACUAAUAUUAUAAACAGCUGAUUAUGACAAGUACGUACAGUGCACUACAGUGAAAGGAGGGCAGGGUAAUGUACGAAGGAAGUGCUUAAGAGAAUUCUUGAGGAAAACAAACAAAAACAAGUACCGAAAACUUCUAAUAACCCGGGUUUUUCUACACGGAAAUAAAAUUGACGGAAAACGUGUUCCGAUUGCCAAUUGUUGUUUAUAUAAGCUAGAGAAAUGGAGGUUGACUUCAGUUCAAGUGAAUCUUUAGGCGCAAGUAACAUGAAGGGUUCCUACGGAGUAUCGGAUUCGUGGGCUAAUUGCCCAUUGGACAUACUGAUUAUGGUUUUCGAGAGACUUGACCCAGAGGACCUGAUGAACUGCAUCCUUGUCAACGAAUGUUGGCGCGACGCUGUGCACUACAUCGGAGAGCACCGUGGAAUAUGGCAGGAGCUGGCGCAGGCAGGAAUGGCGAGCAAGGGCGUCACGUUCAAACGGCGCUCCACCCUCGGCUGGCGGGAGCUCUACAUGAACUCGCGUCUCUGGUUCAACCUCAAACACGCGUACAUGACCUGGAGCUAUGAGAUCUCCGAAGACGACAUCAGAUAUCUUCACGUGUACAAAGACAUCCUUAUCGUGGAAACUGGAGAUGAAUUCUUCAAAAAGUACUACCGAAUUGAGAAGCGCCUCCGGAAUGUGACGCAAAGGCUGCUGGUCGCCAGUCUGCCCAAUUAUAAGGAACCCAACGAAUUGGUAGUCGCAGAUAUGAAUGGUUCGUGCUCAUUUGACUCAGAUAGAAUGAUCAAGAAAAUAGUCCACGAAGGGCCUUUCAAAAGACUUCUUGUGAUAGACGAAGACUGUUUCUAUUUGUUAGACGACAAAAACAUCUUGAGGUGUUCGAAAUGGGACUUCGUCAACAAAAGGUGGCUGGAUUACACCCUGGCCCGGUACUAUGGCUGCAACAAGUCCAUAUCUGACAUAAACGUAUACAACAAUGAAGUUUACAUGUUACUGAAGACUGGCUUAGUGUUUAGACUAGAUAAAGAAGGGAGGAACUUUGUGCCGGAGCACAGAUUUGGGCUAUCACAGGCCAUUCAGUUCUCAAGGCUACUGUAUUCAAACGUGUUGAAUUCUGUGGAGAAAGUGUCUAAUCUCAACAUACCUGAAUAUAACACCGGGCGAAAUGUCAUGUUUCAUAAGAUCAGUGCUGUUAUUUCUGUACCAGGCGACAAAGAGUUCAAAAUGAACGUAGACUCGGCUUCAAAUAGCAUGGUGUUAGAAUACCCGGGGCUUACCUGCGCAGCACAACACGGGGAAGUUUUAUUCUUAGGAUUUGAAGACGGCAAGGUUGAAAUAUGCAUUCCAAAGAACUUAGUCCAUAACGGGGGUAUGCCCGAGGUGAGGGUGAACGUUCGCGACUGCCACGGCUACCGCGACCCGACCCCAGAAGUCGUCGGCAUUGACGUAUAUGAAGAUGAAGAGAAACACCACGUGAUAGUUGCCACCCGAUUCAGUGUCUACAGAUUAUUAAUCAUGUACCCUGGUUACAUCAAGGAGUGGCUCGGGUUACGGAGUUGACAUUAAACUAUAAACGUGCGUUGUGAGAAAGCAAUCAUAAAAACCCUACAGGUAUUCGUCUUGACUAUCAGGACUCUUGAAUGAAUUCCUGUUUGACUUUUUUAGCAGUAUGUGAAGGUUGUUGUAGAGAAUAAUGACGCGAGAUAAAAUGUUGCUGCUUUUGUCAUUUUCUAUCUAGUUUAUUUAGCGUCGCGUGAACUAAGAAUCUCUUUACUGGUCAAAGUAACCUGAAACUAAUAUUGCUAAUAAAUAUAGUUCGUAUUGUAAAUGUGAACACCAAAACUGAUCCCUUCUUUUUGAGGGCAUGAACCCGCCUGUUAGCUUAAAUGUUUUUUGUUAUGACACUCAAAUGUAAGUACCGCUUGUUUUUAAGCUUAUGUUACUGCCCAACUGCAACUAAAAAGUACGUGUGACACUAUGAAUAAGACUAGAAUAACUUGGUUGAACAUUAAUUUACUCACAUCAGUAUGAAUGUCCGUGGGCUUUGACGAUGUGGCGAUAAACAGUCAAUACUUACGCUUAGAAAUUCCUUACCUUAAGGCCCAUAGCACACGGCGUAUUUUAAACGCGCAGACGACGCGCAGAUUACGCGCAUAUACGCGAUUCAAACGAGAUUCGAUUGCAACCUUGUAACUUAAGCACACGGGGCGAUCGUGAAACGCGCCUCUACUGCACGUAUACGCGCAGAUACAGCGAUACAGACGCGCUGUAGUCGCCCGUAGCUUUUGCGUUUUGAUCAGAGACUCCUCUUCUUCAGUUGUACAAUGGCGUCGGUUGAGACAACACUGCUUACGUUGGCUCUAGUACUUCUUUUAAAAAGAAAAAAAUGUAAAAAUAAUUGUGCAGUGGUGGCGUGAGCGCCUCCCCCUACCCCUACUCCGCUCCUUUGUACGCGCGUUUGUAUCGCUUCAAACGCGCGUAUACGCGCUUCAUGCGCGCGCUUCUAUCAUCAAUGCAAACGCAACAAUCAGCGUCUACGGCGCCGAAGACGCGCGUUCCUGAAACGCGCGUCUUCUGCGCGUUUAAAAUACGCCGUGUGCUAUGGG